GACUGUUUCCGGGUUUACAAUGAGCGGCCGCAGCCGAGUGUUCGUUAUGGUGGGGGCGCGGCUCGGAGGGCGCCGGUGCUGAGGCGGCGCGGCUGCCUGGGCAGUAUGUCACAAUGAACUCUUCAUUAUCUGGGCCUACAGCAGUAGCUGAUGUGAUUAAAGAUCUAGACUCUCAGAUAGCACUGAUUGGUCCUGGCCCCCACAACCCCAAACAGAAACAGGAUUUGGAGAAACUUAAUGAUUUGAAGGCCAAAGCCCAACAGAUUAUGAACCAGUUUGGACCUUCAGCGCUAAUAAAUUUGACAACUUUUCCCUCAGUAAAACCUGAUCCAUCCAGCACACCACCUCCAAAUACAAUGGCUAAUAGCACUGCUGUGGUAAAGAUACCUGGAACACCAGGCUCAGGGGGACGUAUGAGUCCAGAAGGCAAUCAGAAUUUAUCCCUAACCUCCCGGUAUAAAGAUGAAGCAAUGGUGUUAAGCAAGAAGAAGCUACAGGACCUGGUGCGAGAAAUUGAUCCAAAUGAACAACUUGAUGAAGAUGUCGAAGAAAUGCUUUUGCAGAUUGCUGAUGAUUUUAUUGAAAGUGUAGUGAGUGCUGCAUGUCAACUAGCGCGUCACCGCAAGUCAAACACACUGGAAGUAAAGGAUGUUCAGUUGCAUCUUGAACGCCAGUGGAACAUGUGGAUACCAGGAUUUGGUUCAGAUGAAAUUAGGCCGUAUAAAAAGGCCUGCACAACAGAAGCUCACAAACAGAGAAUGGCACUGAUACGUAAAACAACCAAAAAGUAAAGCAUGGCUGAACAGACCAUUUCUACAACAAAGUUAUGAACGUUACAAAACAUUCUCAGGCUUAUCCUCCUUUCUGUUGAGGAACCUGCAAUGGAUGAUUGUAUUUGGUUUUUUGUGAAAAUGAACUGAGAUAGCUUUGUAUUGGUACCAACAUAUUGUACCAAAAUGUUUGGUACUUGAUGAUCCUUCUUGAAAACAAUAUACAAGGACUUGUACAAAGUGGAUGGUGUGUGUAUGAAACAGUGAUGUUUCUUUGUUGAUUAAUGGUAGCGUGUUAAAUUGAGACUUUCCUUUGGUGGAGUGUUAAGUAGUUGGUUUUCAUAUCUUUGUAUAGAGGUAAUGUUGACCAUUUUUGCCAAUAAAAUAUUACUCAACUUGAA